CGUUUUUCAUGAAUUUUCCGUCCAUUUCAGUCGAACAUUCUUUUAACCAGGACAACAUGGCUACUGCAGCGAGCCGUUACUACAGCGAAGACGGCAGGGCAACAAAACGACAGAAAACCGACGGAAUGGCCACAGGAUAUGAAGACCCACACAAGACCCUUCCUUCGGUGGUGGUUCACGUCCGGGGGCUGAUGGAUGGGGUCACAGAGGCCGACCUUGUGGAGGCGCUGCAGGAGUUCGGAGCCAUAAGCUAUGUGGUCGUGAUGCCAAACAAGCGGCAGGCCCUGGUGGAGUACGAGGACAUGAACGGCUCGUCGACCGCCGUCACGUACGCCGCCGACAACCAGGUCUACAUCGCCGGACACCCGGCCUUCAUCAACUACUCCACCAGCAAGAAGAUCUCCAGGCCGGGAGACUCGGACGACUCCCGGAGCGUCAACAACGUUCUGCUCUUCACCAUCAUGAACCCCAUCUACCCCAUCACCACGGACGUCCUCUACACCAUCUGCAACAACUGUGGACCCGUCCAGAGGAUCGUCAUCUUCCGGAAGAACGGCGUCCAGGCCAUGGUGGAGUUCGACUCGGUGCAGAGCGCGCAGCGGGCCAAGGCGUCGCUCAACGGCGCCGACAUCUACUCCGGCUGCUGCACCCUGAAGAUCGAAUACGCAAAGCCGACCCGCCUCAACGUGUUCAAGAACGACCAGGACACCUGGGACUACACCAACCCCAACCUGGGCGGCCCAGAUGGUGAUGCAGAUGGCAAUGGGAGCGGUGCAGAAGACGUGAACGCCAACCCCAACAAGCGCCAGAGGCAGCCGGCUCUGCUGGGGGACCAUCCUCCAGAGUAUGGAGGCGGUUACCAUGGCUACGAGGAGAGCUAUGGGUCCCCUCCCUACGAGGGCCGCCGGAUGGGCCCCCCGAUGAGGGGCCGCGGCAGCCGGAGCUACGGGCCGGGUUACGGGCCUCCGCCGCCGCCGCCCGGCGAAUACGGCGCCCACGCCGACUCGCCUGUCGUCAUGGCGUACGGGCUCGACACGGCCAAGAUGAACGCAGACCGGGUCUUCAACAUCUUCUGUCUCUAUGGAAACGUGGAGCGGGUGAAGUUCAUGAAGAGUAAACCCGGAGCCGCCAUGGUGGAGAUGGGCGACUGCUACGCCGUGGACCGCGCCAUCACUCACCUCAACAACAACUUCCUGUUUGGCCAGAAGCUCAACGUGUGCGUCUCCAAGCAGCAGGCCAUCGUUCCCGGCCAGUGCUACGAGCUGGAGGACGGCACCAGCAGCUUCAAGGACUUCCACGGCUCCCGGAACAACCGCUUCUCCUCGCCGGAGCAGGCGGCCAAGAACCGCAUCCAGCACCCGAGCAACGUGCUGCACUUCUUCAACGCGCAGCCCGACGUCACGCCAGAGAUCUUCGCUCAGAUCUGUGAAGAACUCGGAGUUAAGAGUCCAGUUAACGUCAAAAUGUUCACCGGAAAAAGUGGCGCUGCUCCCAGCGACCGCAGCGCCUCCGGCCUGCUGGAGUGGGAGUCCAUCAACGACGCCAUGGAGGCGCUGGCGCUGAUGAACCACUACCAGAUGAAAAACCCAGGUGUGGGGGGCAGGCGAGCAAAGGGUCAUCAAAGGGCGGACCGUACCCCUACACAUUAAAGCUGUGCUUCUCCACCGUCUCGCACGCCAACUGAGACGGAACCGGCCCUUCUGGGACCAGAGGACGGAACUGGACCCGGCUGGACUCCAUCAACCAGGACAACUUCAUCAGUCUGGAGUUUAAACGGACUGCCGAGCUUUUAAAUCCACCAUCUGCAGCGCAGACGAGCAGCAUAGUGUCGGUUUGUUUCCAUCUGGUUGUCACUUUGACUUUUUGUAUUCCAAGAUGGCCGCCUGAGGCAGGAGCCACUUCAACGCUCCAAGGGCUUAAUGGCUGAAGACGGCAGCGGCUUUCUGAACUUUUUAUUAUUCAAUCGUGUUUUUUGUUGUUGUUUUAAUUGUUGACGGUUUAGUUCUGUGAGUUCAGACCUGAUAUGCAGCUGGAGGAAAAAAUGUUUUUGUUCUAAGAAAAUAAAGGAAAACGCUCAAGUG